ACCGAUGCUAAUCUACCGCAAGCACAUUCACACAAAGAAGUCAAACGUAAACAUUUCACGUGGUUUGGCCUUAAAUAUGGACACAAGAGCGUUGAGGAAUCCUUAUCAUGACUACGAUGGGAGCCCUGCGUCUACACAGGCGCUGUUUGACGCUCAAGGAAAGAUCACACCGGAGUUUGCCCAGAGGCUGAGCAGCACGGUCAGCGAGCUUUUAGCUGUGAUGGAAAACGGGCUGAAGUCUGCUGAUCCAAAAGACUGCACUGUUUACACUGGCUGGGCAGGUAUUGCGUUGCUCUACCUGCACCUCCACCGUGUUUUUAAUGAAGACUCCUUCCUUCAGAGAGCCUUAGAGUACGUGAGUCGCAGCCUUAAGUGUUUGACUCGUCGCCAUGAUGUCACUUUCCUGUGUGGGGAUGCUGGUCCACUCGCGGUGGCUGCUGUGGUUUAUUCUCGCCUCCGGAUGACGCAGGAGGCUGAUGAGUGCAUCAACAGACUGAUGCAGUACCACCAGAUGGUGGUGAACCUUUCAGGUGGGCUGCCCGAUGAGCUGCUGUACGGACGGGUGGGCUACCUCUACUCACUCAUCUUCAUCAACCAGCAGCUGGGACAGGACCGGAUCCCGCUGCAGUACGUCCAGCAGAUCAGCGAGGCCAUCCUGGUGUCGGGAGAACACCUCAGCAGGAAGUUCCGCGUCCAGAACCAGAGCCCGUUGAUGUAUGAGUGGUACCAGGAGCAGUACGUUGGUGCGGCCCAUGGGUUGGCUGGGAUUUACUACUUCCUGAUGCAGCCAUGUUUCGUCUCCUCCGCGGAGCAUGUCCACAGGCUGGUGAAGCCCAGCGUCGACCACGUCUGCCGUCUCCGCUUACCCACGGGGAACUACCCUCCCUGCAUCGGGGAUGACCGGGACCUGCUGGUGCACUGGUGCCACGGAUCACCAGGAGUCAUCUACAUGCUCCUGCAGGCCUACAAGGUUUUUGGUGUGCCUCAGUACCUGGAGGAGGCUCUGCAGUGCGGGGAGGUGGUGUGGAGGUGGGGUCUGCUGAAGAAGGGCUACGGGCUGUGUCACGGCGCGGCGGGCAACGCCUACACCUUCCUGGCUCUCUACAGGCAAACCCAGAACCCCAGACAUCUUUACAGAGCCUGCGUGUUUGCUGAUUGGUGCAUGAACUACGGCAAGCAUGGCUGCCAGACACCGGACACACCGUUCUCUCUUUUUGAAGGAAUGGCCGGCACCAUCUACUUCCUGGCAGACCUGCUGCAGCCAAUGAGAGCCCGCUUUCCUGCAUUCGAGGUGUAGGACGUGUCCAGAGGUAGUCGUCUAUCUCACGCAACCACAUCACAGAUAUUCUAAGAGCAGGAACAACUCUGAUUCACGAGGAUCCAAACUGACGUUCACAUCUGCAGCAAAACGUCUCAUCUCCAAGAAGAUCCUCCUCCUUUUCUUUGUGUCAAACCUUGUCUUUAAAGAUUCUAGAUAUGAAGACUUUUGGUUUGUUUUGUAUAUUUUUGUCUAAAAAUGUGACAAACAGCACAGAUAGAAGUACAAUUUGUUUCCUUCCCUUUGCGUCGUUUGAGCGAAACAUGGCUUAUAGUUGCGGCUCUUGUGGGUUGUGAAGCAGCUUUCUCUCUUUGUGCACCUGCGAAUUUGAACCACACGGGGGCAGCAGAGAGCUCUGGAGCCUGUACAGUGCAGCUGUUUUGGCCCGACACUGAACUUGGCACUUGGUUGCCUCUUAAUUUCUGUUUAAAGCAGAUUUGUGAUUGAAACUGUCUAAAUUGCUUGAGUUUUCAUUAUUAAAGCGGCUGAGCUUCUACUCCCAACAAAGAGCUCGAGAGGAACGGAGUCGUUUUGGUUUUUAAUGACCUGAGGCCAGUUGGGACGGCUGGCAGAGUAGGAGGAGUUUUUACUGUAUGAGAGACUUGAGAAACAGGCGCCUGGCAUAGGAGAAAUCGAACACCUCCACCAGCAGGAAUGGAAAUAAAAAUAGAGCUCAUCUGUCCAAGGGAGUGGCCUCCAGGACACGGCUGUAGCUUUGGAGCAAAAUGUCCUCUAGAGCAGACCUUUCUGUUUCAGCAUGAACACACCAGCUUGUCUCGCUGUAAUGAUAACACGCAUGUUGUCACAGCGUAAAUAAACAUUUGUGUUAAUAGUACGAGGCUGCACUGAUGUUCUAUGUAUCAUAUGGUGAUGGAAACGUUUGAGUCAAGCAGAAAUAAAGAACAUUUACAGCAAAUUA